AUGACACUGCAGAGACAGGUCCACCCAUCUACCAUUCGGCGACUGAGCAUGAACAACAGCCCUUCUGAGGGUUGGCUCUUGGGAGAGCACUGCCAGGCUUCAGACGAGCCAUCUGCACCGUGUGCAGUGCUGACACGGACAGUUACGCACACCACCGUCAAAUGGGCGGAUGAUGUGGAGGAAGAUGUUCUCGCCGUAGACCUCAUGCCCAGGCAAGCUUUCUACUCACACGAUUUCCUCCCUCACGACUACGUAGCGAGGACUGCAGAUGUCGACCGCUUCGACCCACGUCGCGCCUGCAUCUCGGAACGGGUGAAUGACGAGGACAUCAUUCCCACCGCAACGCACACGCCGACGGCCCAGCCAGUCCCCAUGGGUGUUGUGAAGAGCGUGGACCUGAAGGCACGCACAGCCUUGGUGGAAUGGCGGUGUACUCUACAAGACAAUCCUCAAGAGGUGAGUUUGUUCGAGCUUGCGCCGCAUCCCUUUGUGGAUGUCCGGCUUGCAGAUGUUGUCUUCAUCCCGCCUGACCAGCAGUCUCAGGACUGUGGAGCCUGGGUCGGCCGGGUGACCGCCUUUUCCGGCUUCUCUGCGCAGGUGCAGCUUGCAUGCGGCAGCAGCGAGUGGUUUGAUGUUGAAUGUCUGCGCAUCGCUGACAUGGAUGGACACUACGAGAGUUCGGUGUCUUCUGAUGAGGAGGACGAGCCAACUACCGGCUCCAUUGAGGGCCUACGUGAGAGCUUCGACUUCGAGGAAUGCGUGGAAGCAAGCAGCCAAAAUGAAGACGAGGAGAUGCAGGAAGAAGAGGAGUGCGUGACAUGCGAGCAGCCCCACAGCGAAACUUCUGAAGGCUCGUCAUCCUCCACCCGAGCACCCGAAAUACUAGCUUUCGAUGUGCUGGAGGACAUCAGUGCUCUCGACCACAAGUUCGUUGAUCGUCCCUCGCCUCCUCCACGGGUACUGAUGAGAGCAGUGAGGCGCGAGCAUUCUGUCUUGCAGAAGGGCCUACUUGACGGCAGCGAAGGUGUGGUUGCACCCAUCGCAGUUCGCACAUACUCCUCUAGAUCUGAUCUUUUUCGAGCAAUGGUGGUCGGCCCGCCGGGCACCCCUUACUCGAAUGUGCCUUUCUUCUUUGACAUGUCCCUGUCUCCACAGUAUCCUUCUGAACCUCCUCUUGUUCAUUUCAUGGCAAGCUACGUCAGUAGCUGCGAAAAGCUGAAUCCAAAUCUUUACAAUGAUGGCAAGGUUUGCCUUAGCAUCCUUGGUACCUGGGCGGGGCCCAGCUGGGAUCCGCAGAAGUCCACACUGCUCCAGGUGUUGAUCUCGCUCCAGGGCCUGGUCUUAGUUGAGGAUCCAUACUUCAACGAACCUGGCCACGAAUGGGAGUGCAACAGCGAACACGGCCGGAAUGCGUCGGCUUUGUACAAUGAGAAUGUUCGCCUGCUGGUCCUUCGAGCUGCGAUGAACGUCUCCAAGCAGCCGCCAUGUGGCUUCGAGGAGAUUGUUGCUGCACACUUUGCUCGUCAUGGACCACGGCUGCUUGCAGAGUGCGAAGAGGCGCUGCUUGAAGUCAACGCUGGCCGCACAAGCGAAGGCUUCCGUAAGGUCGGGGGCUCAGAGCUCUUUUUCGCAGUGGAGCAGCCUCGCGUCACCAUCCAAGCCAACUGGAAGCGUCCCUCAGUUCUGGCAGCUACGUCCGCAACAGUCAUCCAUAUCAUCAAGGCUAUUCCGCCAGAGCAGCUAACGGCAUACGUGGGAACUCACCAGGAGCUCUUCACGCGCUUCCAGACAGCUGUUGAGCAGCUGGACACAGAAAAAGAUAUGCGCAAGAAAGUUAUCUCGGAGCGUGACGACCUCAUCAAGACUCGCGACGAGAUCGCCAAAGCUCUCGAGCAGGAACGAGACAAGGCGGAGCAGGAGCGCCAGCAGGCUGAACAAGCCCGCAAGGCCAGGCAAAAGCGGCAAAAGCAGCGUUCAGUUGUGUGUUCAAGUCAACUUCAAGGAGCUUCCUGA